UGCCUAGGGUCUCCAUGGAAAUGUGAACGCGCUCCUUGGUAUAGAAGCGAGCCGCGAUGUCCUAUUUCAUGGUGGUCCAUAUCGUCAACAUGCAAAUGAAAUUUGGCUUGCAUGCUAGGAGGUAGACCAUGGAGGAUUCUGGGCUUCCAUUAUCACCAACAGUUGCGUUUGCAACUAACAGGAUGGCUACAGAAUUUGCUAUCCCAUCCCAGGUGGAAUCUGCAGCCACAAAGAUGUCAGAAUUUGUGCAAUUUCACAGUUCAGCAGGACGGAGAGUAGUUCUGGUGACUUCAGGGGGCACAAAAGUUCCAUUGGAAUCGAAGACAGUCAGAUUCCUGGACAAUUUUAGCAGUGGUCGUCGAGGAGCCUGCUCAGCAGAGUACUUCCUUGCCUCAGGUUAUGCAGUGAUUUUCCUUCACCGCCAUCGCUCGCUGUAUCCCUUUGUCAGGAAAUAUGCCGGAGUGAAUCUUCUUGAUGCCCUGCAGACCACAUCAGAAGGCGGCUCUGUGACUGUCCGUGUGGAGGUUGACCAGAAAGCCUUACCCAACAUCAUCCAUGUGCUGCACUGCUAUCAGGCUGUGAAGAAGGACAGACUUUUGCUGUCUGUUGAGUUUAACACGCUUUCUGAGUACCUGCAUCUGUUGAAAGCAGCAGCACAAACACUCAGCCCAUUAGGGUCCAAAGCCAUGUUUUAUCUUGCAGCAGCAGUGUCUGAUUUCUACAUUCCUGCAUCUGAAAUGCCUGAGCAUAAAAUACAGUCGUCUAAUGGGCCUUUGCAGAUUACAAUGAAGAUGGUCCCCAAGAUGCUGUCUCCCCUCGUGAAGGAAUGGGCACCACAAGCAUUUGUCAUUUCCUUUAAACUUGAAACAGACCCCUCUAUCCUCGUGGACCGAGCACGCAAAGCCUUGGAUACUUACCGUCAUCAGGUUGUAGUGGCCAAUGUCCUGGACACGCGGCGAGGUUGUGUGGUGAUUGUGACGAAGGACUCCCAGACUGAAAUGGUGCUUUCCGAUGAAGAGAUUCUGAAGGAGGUGGAGAUUGAAGAAAAGAUAGUAUGCAACUUAUCCGCAGCCCACAGCAACUUUAUAGAGCAGCAGAGGAUUAUGACAGACCAGUGAAGUCAAAGGUUUCUGAGCUGCAGCAGCCUAUUUAAGUGGCCACAAGAUGAUGAAUACAAAGAUGUAUUAUAAAAUCAAAAUAUGGAAAUAAAGCUGAUCAUGAGCAAUCAA